AUGUCCGCCUUAUCUUCCAACUGGAAAAAACUCCAGGAAAAGCUCAAGGCCGAAUCGCAGGCCAAGCCCAGCGCGAAGCGCAAAGCAGACGACGACACCCCCAGCGCCCCGGCCAAAGCAAAGAAGAAGCCCAAGAGCAGCCACCACGCCACGAGCAGCAGCAGCAGCAGCAGCAAGCCUUCCACGACGGCAAACCAACGCCCACGGGAAUCUACCCUCAAGAAGCUGACCGGCAUCGGCAAGAUGGGCGCCGCGCAGAGCAAGAUCGCCCAGGGUGAGCCGCACCACGGCGUGCGACCCUCCGCCUCUCUCUGGGCCGCCGGCGGCGACAUCUCCCCCGAGGCGCUCGCCGAGGCCUACCAGCUCGGCUCCCGGGACACCUCCAUGGUGCUGUCCGGCGGCUCCGGCGGCGACCAGGUCAACCGCGGGCUGACGCCCGGCCUGGAGCUCGGCAAGUACGUCGCCGUCGACUGCGAGAUGGUCGGCGUCGGGCCCGGCGGGCACGCCUCGGCGCUCGCGCGCGUCAGCGUCGUCGACUUCCACGGGCGGCAGGUCUACGACUCGUACGUGCGGCCCACCUCGCGCGUCACCGACUGGCGCACGCCCGUCAGCGGCAUCUCGCCGCGGGACAUGCGGCUCGCGCGCGAACCGGACGACGUGCGCCGCGAGGUCGCCGCCGCAAGCCGGCGCUCCGGGUGCUCGCGCAGAACCUGCUGA